GGUCUCUGCCAUCGUGCGAUGAUAUACAUGGUUCUGGAAUCAGGAAAAUGACCGUAUAACAUAUUCACCAUACAAAGUCCUUUGGACUGCACUUAAACGUUCAAGCCCCCAUUUUCACCUCGCACUAACGGACCAACCAGUAGUUAGUCCCAGGAAAUUGCCUCGUGAAUGUUUUCAAUCCUCGCAUUCUUGAUGCCAGCAUCCGCGAUGUGACGGGGUGUCUGUCUGACGUUCAAAAGGCUGAUGUUCUUCUCCACGCUUUGCAGCAUUUGCCGUCCGAAGGGUUCCGAAUUGUCAUGGAAAAUGCUAUUCAGUCCUUUCUCCAAGUCUCAGGUGUUCCACCAGCAGAUGUUGCAAGAGCUCUUUUGUUACGUGCCAAAACCCGUUUAGCAGCUGGGUACCGAACCUCUGCACAACAAGGUCAACUUCAUGCAUGUCCUUGGGUCCCGUCAGUGUGCUGAUAUCACUAUCUUUCAGAUUUGAUGUCCGCGUUAGGUUCAGAUCCCGCAAAUCAAGAUGUCAAAGCCAUAAUACAAUCUGAGCAUUUACGACAAGAAAUG